AUGUCUUACGAAUACGACAGCCGGUACCACCACCGCCCGCGCCAUGACUCCCACUAUACAUCAAGAGAGACGGACCCCUAUGGCUAUGCGAGGAGCGACAAGACUCUAGCUGAGGCGCGCGAGCAGCUGGCAGACAUGCGCCAGAGCAAUCCAUACACUUCGUCCUACAGCUCGUCCUACAACACCUACACCUAUGAGCCCCGCACUUCUCCACCCCUGCCACCUCGACGACCCGCGCCGCAUUCGUACAGGUCGCACACGCGCGAGCAGACAUGGCCGCCGUCACCGAGCGUCGAGGACGAGAGGGAGGCGCUAGCAAAAGAGGCGCCGUCCUCCGUGGGGUCGCCAGGGCAGGCCGAGGGUGAGCCGCCGAGCAACACGCGGGGCACCGUCGACCAAGACUCCCUGCUCGACGAGAUUGAGCAGCCGAGCGUCGCACAACACCAUGACCACCGCUACGUGCUCGUUUCCGAAUCCAGCACCGAUGACGAUGGCACCACGCUUCGGGACCGGCGCCGGCGCAGCUUUGCUGACCGUGGGGGCAUGUCGCACAUCAACACCGACGUCCCAGACCCUCCCGUCUUUACUGAGCGCGUGAGGGCGCCCUAUGGUUACUCCAAGCCCCAGAAGGAGUCUACCGCGCCCUCGUCUGCAGACUAUGUACGCUCACCAGAACCCAUUACGCCUUCGCACAGCAGCCAUCCCAGGUCGGGUGCAAGCAGACCGUCGAGACCGAUGCCAACUGAAAGCCGACACAAUUCUUACACGUCGCCGGCGUCAAAGAAAGAAUACGUAUUCGACUCCGACUCCGACUCUGAAGCGCACAGCACGACCCACCUGCGAACCGAACGAAAGCCCGCGCGUUACAGCUUCGUGAAGAGCGACCUACAAAGGGAGGAUCUAAGGACAAACCUGCGCGAUACACAGGACAGGCCCGAACCGCGUCGGCACGACUCCGGGCAGCGUCCCCUGCCGACGAUACGUAAGGGUGAUUCGUCAGGCUCGUACAAGGAGCAUUCCAAUGUUGAGUCGCCGCGGUCGUCUUCGUCCUCGGUACACAGCACGCGGAGAUCGAGGCCUGUGCCCGUAGAUACCGUCUAUGCUAACAGCUCGCGCCCUCUGUCAAGACCAAGCUCACCAUUGUAUCGAGCACCCUCGCCUCAGCUUUCCGCCCGAUUGCGAGACUCUCCUCCAGGCUCCCGACCAUCGUCCCGCGGUGGCCCUCGUCCAACCUCUCCGCUGUCUUCUACAUUCCAGCCUUCUUCGCCAGGCCACGGUCGCGUACCCAUAUCCGAGUCAGAUUAUCGCUCGACCUAUCCUCCAGCUCCUGCCGACGACCGGUCAAGACAACCAUCUCGAUAUGGCAGACAUGACACUAUGCCACUUCCGAGGCCUCGUAUCGAUGUGCACAGUCCGUCUCCUGCAAGGCAAUCGACUGGCGACUCUUUACCAUAUCCCAUCGACGACCAGCUCAUCGAUGUCUUCAUGCCACCCGAAGAGCACUAUCAGUUUGAUCACUCGACCGUCGGUUCGCCAAGACAAAGCUACGUAGACAUCCCGAGAGCGACCUCCCCGUCAGUCCCCGGCUCCCCGUACACGCGAGAUCUACCUUCCCGGGCUAGAAGGCAAGACACCGAGACAUUGGAGGAGCCGUCGCGACCAAGGAGGUCUAGGUCGGGUAGUUUCCGCUCUCACGACGCUCGCCGUGACAGAUCAUCUCGAAGGACUGCUUCAAUGGACAGAAAACUUCCAGAUUGCCCAAGACCUUAUAAGUCCGGGCCUUACGAUGAUUGGUACGCGCUCCAAGACAACAAGAACUUCAAUAUCUGCCCCAGUUGUUACGAGGGUGUCUUCGCCGGUACACCUUUCGACGUGGAAUUCAAACAGUUAUGGCUGAACGACUACUCGAUGGAGCGGAGCUGUGACUUCAGUAGCCCAUGGGCACGUCUUGCAUGGCUGUUGACCCUUCAGCGAGGUCGCAAAUCGCUCGAUCUGAUCUACGCGAUUGCGGGUGUCAUGGACACAGUAGCCAAACCGUGUCCUGGAGAUCGUGAGGCUGGUGCAGAAGACCGCAUUAGCUGGUACGGCAUUACAAACCCACGCGACGGUACCCAUGUGGCCAACUUCGCUAUAUGCUCGAGCGAUAGGAGGAUGCUUGAGGCCUUAUUGCCUUCUCUUCGUGGUUGCUUCGCUAAAAUGCCGAAGGUUGACAGGCACGUAUGCAGCUUGCGUACGAGCUCAACCCGCUUCCCAAAGUAUUUGGAUCUGCUCGUCGAGCUAGACGCUGAGGCUGAGUUGUCCGGUCAACUACCUGAUUUGACCCGCUUCGUCCUAUUGCUGCGCGAGAAUUCCUAUAAAGGCGAGUGCCAAAGGUACAAGAUCUUGUUCCGCAAACCGUGGCACUUCAUCCCUUCGCUACCAGAGUUUACAGUCUGUGAGCAAUGCUACGACGAGCUCAUCUGGCCCGCCACACAGUCCAGAUCCACGUCAUCGUCCAUACCGCACAUGUUCAACAAGUCGAUCCAGCUAGUCCCUGGUGAAGACCCCGAUGUCGGGUCCAGCUGCUGUCUGUGGAGUCCAAGGAUGCGUGACGUCUGGAAGGAAGCUGUCAGGUACGACGACUUUUCUUACCUGAAGAGCCAGGCGAGAGAGAGAAAGAGGGCGGAGUCCAAGUAUAUGAGAAACAGAAAACACAUUAUGACGUGGAUGGGCGACGCGGAAAAGGGGACUAGGAAGUGGAAGGAAGCAGAGGAUGCUAUGCGGGAGCUGAAAAAGACCAUCCUCGUAUUCGAAGAACGCCGCGUCUGCAACCUGGCUAAGGAGAACUUACAACUCAAGCGUGACGUCAAAGAAAGGGACGAUAGAAUCUCUCGGGUGAGAAGGUCUCAACUUACCUUCAUAGAACACAUGGAAACAGAGAACAACAAGGCGUUGGCCUUGAAGAAGGAGCUGCAGAGUGAGAAGCAGAAAGUAGAGGCAUUAGAGAGGGAGCUGAAGCAAACAAAGGAGAAGUUGUGGGAUAUGUACGAGAAAGAGUGUGAGGGUAGUGCGGCCGAAGCGGACGAAGAUGACGAUGAAGAGGAUGGGGGCUACGAGAGGGAGGAGGAGAGGGAGGAGUUGGAGGGGGAUCCACGUGCUGCCCAAUUCUACGAAUAUAUGCAUGGGCGAUCUCCCGAGGUCACUGUGGAUGUACCCGAUGAUAACCAGUCCGGAGGGGAAAGGGACGUCGUCGGUGUUGCCGCCAAGCAUCGCGACGCUGAGCACAACUACGAGAUCAAAACCUUUAAGAUUCUCACGCGCUCCGUACCCCUGCCCCGUCUCUUCGACAUCUACUUUCACCCUGAGCGUAGCCUUGUACCUGUCGUUCCUCAAGAUAUCCAGCUUGACUUCUACUUCUACAUGUACAACAGCAUCGCCAGCGACAACUUUGUCGCACAGAAGACGCAGCCUCUUGACAUCAGUCGGACCAUCUGGUUCUACGGUGUGGAUAGUACUCAUGCAUUCACUAUGCAUUGCUACCAGAUCCGCUGGAACGUCAUCAUCAUGUCCUUCCUUUGGGCAACCGGAUUCGAUGAGCGGUACUGCAAGCCUGCGUGUGGGCCUUUCAUCAUCAAGUUCAUCAAGGCCUGGAUAGAGUCACUAGUCUAUCAGCACGACAUCUCCGACAACAUCUUCGCCCAACGCGAGGCUUUCAUCAAGUUCUGGAAGAACGGCCCCUUCGACUUAUACUACUUCGGCAAGCGCGACAAGGUCAAGAUGAUCGCCCGCAUCAAACAUCUGUACAAGCAACUUGAGACGAAAGACCUCCCCAAGCACGACGACCUUGUCAAGGCGCUACGGGACGAAACCCUUGACGAAGAGACGUUUGAGCGGUAUGGUCCUACGCUGGCCUUCCAGUGGGUUAUCGGACGAGAGAAAUAUGCGCGCGAGGAGCAAGAGGCGAUCGACUACGACAACCAGGUCAAUCAGUCUGACCUGGAGUUGGCUGAGGCGGAUAGGGAGGUGACGGAAGCGAAGAAGCAGGUGGAGCUCACCGCUGCAGCCCUUGAGAACGAAGACGAGAUGGAAGAAGAUGAUGAGGAAGAGGAGGAAGAAGAUGGCUUCGAUCCCUACCCCAAAGAGAAUCAUCCUAGUCUCUCGCGUGUGGGAUGGGAUGAUGUGCAUGGUAUCGUCAUGCCACUCAUGCGGCCCGUCGAUGCAUCACUUCCUCAUCCCAGGACGGUACACGAGAAACAUCGUCCCGUGGCUGACGAGAGCACGUUCUACGUCACCAGGGACCAGCUGUUCGAUGCCAUCCUUAGGAUUCGGGAUGAUGAAAUUGAUGAGUUGGGUGACAGUCUCGCGACGAUGACAACCAUGAUCAACACCAAGUUGACCUAG